ACAAUAAGAUAUAUGGACGGAUCACUGGUGCUUGGAUUCUGGUUAGAUAAUUAAAGUCAGUCUUAUAUUCUUUGAAAGCAUUAAAUGGUGAUAUAUAUCUACUUGCCCAUACCAUUAAUGAAUUUCUUGGUUUGGCUCCUAACUUUUAACGUGGGUUUGAUGAAACUCAUUUAUGAUAUCUCAUUUAUGUUAACACUCCCAUCUGCAUGAAUGAAUGCUUUGAAGUAUAAAUUCACUUACUCUCUCUUUGGUGGUUUUCAUCUUUUUCUCUUUCUCUCUCUCUCGGUAACGUAAUUUCCUUAAUUGGGUUUCUACUCUCUUCUCUGUUUUUGAUCUUCAACCAAAAUUUGAAGAGUACUUGGAAGAAUUCUUGGAAGGGCAGAGAACUUUUUGUUUGUUUGUUUGUUUGUUCUGAGGAUUGGAUGGAUCAUUAUCCUGAGCUUUCUUUGGGUAACAGUAGCACUUUUUCAGAAUCAGAUGAGAGUCUUUCUAAGAAGAGAAAGUAUCAACCGAACAACGACGAUAACAGCACCAUUAGCUCAACUACUGAGUCUUCUGUCUUUGCCACAAUGAUGAGCAAUACUCCUGAACUUCAACCGAAACAAAACUACCUUUCAGAUUUCCAUGAUCUCCAGUUUGGAAGAAGGUAUAAUUUGAGUAAAAACCCAAUAAUGAUGAAGAAGAAAAGCUGCAAUAAUGAUAAUUGGCAGCAUAAACAUCAAAAGCUAGAUUUGGAGCUUAGCCUCUCAAAUUCUGACGAUGAUGAUGCAAGAAGCAGCAAAAGCUCUGAAGUUUUAGAGGAUUUAAGUACAAAAAGUUCUUCAAUUAGUAAUAUGGUUGCUAUGGGUUGCCUGAAAUGCAAUCUUCUUGUUAUGGUUUCAAAAUCCUUCCCUUCUUGUCCUAAUUGCAAGUUUGUUAAUUCUAUUCCCAAAAAUCAUUAUUAUCAAAGCCCUCCUCGGAAAGUCGCCAAGUCCCUGCAUACACUUAGUCUUCUGCACUAGUAGUUUGAUCAGUUAGUAUGGAGAAGAAUAAAAUUUUACUCAUAAUUAGGAUCAGAAUUUAACCAUAUUUGGAUGUCUCUUUGCUAUGUUUGUACAUAUAUUUUUAUAUGUUAAAUGCAAUUAGUAUAAUAAUUCUAUGUUUAGUAUCUUGUCUUGUUGAAGCAACAUCUUCUGGUAUGGGGAUAUUGAUUACUGUGAUGUGUAUAUAGUUGAGUUAGAUUUCUAUGUGUACUAGGUACGUUGUAAUAUCUAUUUUGUCCAGUACAUUCUCACCAGCUUUACGCAUUUGGAGUUAUAACCACC